AUGCACUCAAUUAUUUAAAUAAAUCAACACACUAGUUCACGUACAAAUACAUACCAUUUCAUACAUACACAUACCCAUUUUGUAAGCAUACGUAAUUUGUUAUAAUAAACAGUAGAAACACAGGAAACGAUGAUAUUCACUCCGGCCAAAAUGAUCAGAGACGAUUGUCUGUUAUUUUAUUUUGUGAUUUGAGUAUAUUCCAAUUAUUGCAUCCUAUAAUUCACAUAAAAUAAUGUUCUAUAAUUAUUUAUUCAAUAUUUAACUAUCAGGAAUAUUAGGAAAAUCUUUCUGAAAAUUGUAUGGAAAUUAUAUUAUUAAUCAAUUGGUGAACUGAAAUUUUAAUCACUUAGAAAAGACAUAGACAAGAACUGUUGAAAACAUAGAGGAUUUUGGCGGUCAUAGAAACGUCAUUAUUAUUAUUAUCAACAACAGUGACAAAGUACGAAACGAAACCAGAACAAAAACAGUAAUCAGCACUACGCAACAGAACGAGGUGAUGUACGAACUAUUAUUUUUCUUUGAAAUUUAUUUUCUUAUACAUUAUGCAUGGGAAUUCGGAUAAAAUUACAUUGAAUCUUUUAACCUCUAUGAAAACAAUGUAAUAUUGUAGUUUAUGUGUGAACUUUAAAUCAUUUAUUUCAAAGAGUGAAAGGCAGAAAGUGGAAAAUAAAUAUUUAAAAAAAUUGCAAACUCAACGCUUGAUUUAUCAAAUCAGUAAUUAUUUCAUUAAUCAAUUUAUUGAAUAAUAAGUAACAAACAAAACAAAAUAAAUAAGAUCACUUUGAACAAAUUCAUGUUCAAUCCCCAGUGGACGUUGUCAAACUUAUCACUAUUAUUGUCAGCUGUUUUAAAUUUAUCGGAAAUACUACAUCAACAACAACUACUACUACUGAUAAUAACAAUACUAGUAGUGCUACGACUUUUAUUAAUAUCAUUGAUUUUAAUUCAUUAUUAUUUUAAUCAUUCAUCUCAUUGUUAUCUCACUGGUAUCUUUGAGUGGUUUAACAACUAUCUACCCUCAUCACAUUCACUCACUUCCCCUUUUUCUUAUUUCGUGGAGUUAAUAUCACUGCCAUCCUCAGCAGUGACAUCCUCGUUGUUACUAUCACUGUCAUGGAUAUUCUGCAUACGGUUUGGUGCUUUAAGUAUAUGGUUCUGGAAAUCAGUAUGUUACCUCAGUACACGAUUUUAUCAUCAGAAGGAUAUACUACUAUUUUUCGGAAACAGUAUCAAUGAUAUUCGUAAUUAUAGAAUUUACAGUAAAAUAAAUGUCAUACUACUUACAUUACACACUGAUUCAAUCAUUUUCAUAUAUAAUCUUAUCAGUGGAUGGAAUUCAAGCGAUACAUUGAAGAGUAUAGAUGAAACAUCAAAAAGACUUACACAACGUAAACGUUUAAGUCAUGGAAUGAGUACAUUAUUCACUAUAUACUUUGGAUUAUUAAUUUAUUUAGAACUAUGUGGAAUUGAUUAUGCUGAAAGUAGACCGAUUUCAACCGAAAAUGAACGCAGAUAUGGUAAUUUAGAUUUACAUCCGGCUAAAUCAUCAUCACAACAAAAGACACCAAAAGUGGUUAUGCCACCAUAUGACCUUGGGUUUAAAGGUCAAAAAACUGACGAACUGAACAAAGUAAAAUUAUAUCCACUAUCAUCAUCAUCAUUAUCGUAUCCUACAUUUUUGAGUGAUUUUAAUGAUAAUUUCGAUCAAAUUAAAGGUUUUCAGUCAGAUGAAACAUAUGUAAGAGAUUCUCAAACACAGCAGCAGCAAAGAAAACAACACUAUCAGAGAGUAAGUCGUGAUAAUUUUAACUCACAAGAAGAGACUGACAAUGGCGAUAAUAACAAUGCUGUCGAAUUUUUCAAUACACGUUUGAUGUAUGAUUCGAAGUUGUCUCAAUCUAAUCAUAUUAAUAAGAAUAGUGUAUCAUACGGACAAUCUCCAUCGGUAUCAUCAUCAAUACCGUCAUUAACAGAAAGAGAGACGAAUGAACGACUUGACUAUAGAAGAGUAAACCUUGCACCUUCUAAAUCAACAAUACAAAAACAGAUAUCACAUUCCCCUUACAAUCCAUAUACAAGAAUGAAUAAUUAUCAAGAAUCGCUUUAUAUACCUGACCAACAAACUAUGUAUGAAAUGAAUACUCAACAGUACCCCCGCGAACAAGAGAAGCCAUGGACUAGAAAGGAUAAUAAUAAUAAUAAGCCAAAUCAACGUCAUGAAUUGUAUGAUGGUUAUACAGCUCAAAUGAAUCGUGAAAAUCCGUCUAGUUGGUUUCCUUUUCCCAAUUAUCAAACCAAUAAUAAUAAUCCAUUGAACAAUAAACCAUUGUAUUCACAACAAUCAAAUAUACAGCACCAACAUCAACCAUCUUCAAAUUUAAAUAGUUACUCAUAUUAUAGCAAUCUAAACAAAAAUAUUGAUAGUAAUGAUGACAUUAAUAAACGUAAUCCAUUAUCAUAUUUUUCUGAGAUUUCGGAUAUUGAAUUAUCUCAUCUAAUUUAUCAAUACCAAAUGGAAUUAUUACGUCGACAAUCUGAACGUUUACCAUAUAUUGAUUAUCAAAUGGAGCAUAAUUACUAUGGUCAACCGGCUGAAUCGUCUUCACACUAUUUACCUAAUUAUUAUCAUCCACAGGAUUAUGGACUACACUUAUCCGGAGUAAAAAAUCACGAUAAAAUUAUUCGAAAAUUCAAUAAUUUAGCUAAUCAACGAUUAAUGGCUGGUGUUGGUGAAUUUUUCGACGAACUGGAUCAUAAUAGUAAGUUUAUUUUAAUUAAGUGUUUUGCUUUUUUGUACUUGUACUAACCAAUGGUAAAUAACUGAAACAACUGAUUUUGUGUUGAAUUGAUGAGUUAUUAAGUAGAAGAAACUCAUUUUUUAAAUGUAUUUGAAGCGGUUACAUAGUCGAGUUCGUUGAAGGAUCUAAUUAGUAAUGUGAAUUAUUUUUAGUUUAAACGUCUUAUCCUGUGUUUUUUUGCAGUGUAAAACUGAAUUUCAAAAAUUAGUUUUGUAGUCUUUUGAGUGGGUAAUCAGUCAGAUUAUUUUGUUAUAUUUUACGUGGGGUAGGAUUCAUUAUCAUUUUGUAGAAACAUUUUAAAUGAACAGUUACCAUCUAUUUCAUUUUGAAAUCAGCUGUUGAUUGUACUGCGAUUCAGAUUUGAAUGAUCUCGAUAUGACUGGGACAAAAUGAUGAGACUUAUUAACCCAAGUGACAAAAUUUUGCCUUUGAAGAAGCAAACUCCUAGGUCUAGCCUGAUUGUUUUAAUCAACGCUAAAACAUGGGUUAAUCUGAUAAACGAACUAAAGUUGAAAUGAAACAAAUGUUUUGGAUUCAACUGCUCAAUUAUUUAUAAAAAAAAUUUACACAACUUAUGAAUUGGAUCUAUAUACAGACGUGGAUUCGAGAAACUGAUUAAUUCUAGUUUCAAAUAAAUAUGAGGAAUUUAUGGAGAUUGUUCACUUUUGCAUCUUACACAAUGAACUGACCUUAAGAAGGAAACUGUAGUAAAUCAAGUCUCAUGAUGAAUGCUUAACUUUUGAAAGAUGAGUCCCGCAGUUCUAGCUUGAAAUUAUGACCAGUUCAGUUUAAGUAUGUAGGAUGUAGAUCAGUUGUCUGCAUGUUAAGAUUUUUCUACAGGAUUGCGAAUUGAAGUUUUAAAUGUAAAUCAUGAAAUGUCAAAUUAGUAGAUUGAAGGUUAAGCUCUCGCUGCGACACAUGAAAGUCAUGUGUUUGGUCCCCAUUUAGGUUGUGAAUAUCCCCUCUAAUCAGUCUUACCCUAGAACGAAAUGGCUGUUCAGUGAAUGGUAGUUUUCAAUGACUGUCUAAAUAAGACUAAUUCCAUAUGUAAACUAUCAACGUAGACUUACACAUUAGUUACGGAAAAAUUUAAACGCCUAUUAACAGCAAAAAGCAGUCAACUCAAGUUUUAUUUUUCAGUAUUCUUAGCAGACCAGUUUAUUUACAUUAAAUGCUAAACCAAUAUAUUCUUUUUUUAUGAUCAUGCUAACAACUUGUAUUAUAUUAUAGAUAUUAGCAACUAAAAAUGAAUCUAUCAAUCUAUCAAUCUAUCAAUCUAUCUAUCUAUAUAUUUAUAUAUUCACUUGUUCAUUUAUUUUUUUAUUUGUUUAAAGAUCUCUUUCAUAAUAAAAGACUAGUAUAUGAAC